CGCAGCGCACGCAGCAUGGCGUCCAACAUCUACUGGGUUCGACAGCGGAUCAGCCGGCUAGGCCAGAGGAUGUCCGCCUUCCAGAUCAACCUCAACCCGCUCAAGGAGCCGAUCGGCUUCAUCAAGGUCCUGCAGUGGAUUGCUUCCAUCUUUGCCUUUGCCACCUGUGGAGGUUUUAAGGGCAAAACAGAAAUUCUAGUGAAUUGUCCUCCUUUAAAAGUUAUUGAAAAUCAUACUGUUGAAGCUACUUUCGGUUAUCCAUUCAGGUUGAAUCAAGCAUCAUUUCGUUCACAUCCUGUUGUAAAUGUGUGCAAUGGAAAUUGGUCAAGUCAUUUCCUCAUAGGAGAUUACUCCUCUUCUGCACAAUUCUAUGUUACAUUUGCAGUCUUUGUAUUCUUGUACUGCAUUGCUGCCCUUCUGCUUUAUGUUGGUUACACAAAUCUAUACCGGGAUAGUCGUAAACUUCCCAUGAUUGACUUUGUUGUUACUCUGGUUGCCACUUUUUUGUGGUUGGUGAGCACAUCGGCCUGGGCUAAAGCUCUUACAGAUAUUAAAAUAGCUACUGGUCAUAAUAUUCUUCAGGAACUUUCAUCUUGUAAACAGCCAGAAGUGAUGUGUUAUUUUCAUUCUGUGACUAGUAUGGGAUCCCUAAAUGUAUCAGUGAUCUUUGGCUUUCUGAAUAUGAUACUUUGGGGAGGAAAUGCUUGGUUUGUGUACAAAGAGACAAGCUUACAUAGUCCAUCAAAUACUUCUGCUUCCCAUAGCCAAGGAGGUGUGCCACCUCCUGCUGGAAUAUAAUUGAAGGGAGAGAGAGUUACACUGUAUGAAGUAUGUGUCUGUACUAUGACUUGUUGCCAAUAUCUUCAGAAGCGCUUGUUUCUAAUAAAAGUAAUGGCUUUUUCAAUAAAUUGGUGGGUUUAAAAUUUUGCUGCUUUUUUUUUACAUAAAACUUGUGCCUUUCCUAAGAAUUUAAGAUGUAAAUGUAUACUGACAUGAAAAUUUGAAAAUUCAGGGGCCUGUUAUGAGAUGAUACACAUUUGUAAAUGAACAGUAAUUUCUUCAUUGUUUGCCUUCCAAAAUGUUUACACCUUAAGCCUUAAUAGUUCAUUCAGAAAAUGGUUAUAUUAUCAUAUCAUAAUAGGAAAAAAAUCUUUAUUUGGAAUAAACACUACUGUAAGUUUGUGUAGAUCAUAUACCUAAGACCUAUGUUUAAGAAAACCCUUAUAAAUCAUAUUUAGAAAAAAACAUAUUUAGUUCAAAUUUUAUAUCUGAACAUUCUUCAUAUUCUAAAACAAUUUGUACUUGCAAAGAUUAGGUAUGUUUUCUUUUUCUUUUUCUAAAUGACCUGCUGUACUUUAUAGAUGUACUAAAAUUGUGUUAGGAGCAGAGAUUUUGAAAUUUCUAACACAUGUGUGGUUAAGUACUUCUGUUGCAUGAUGUGUAAGCUUCCAUUAUACUGGUGGUUUAAUAGGCUUGGCAUAUAAGUAGAACACAGUUCAGCUAGGUGGUAUUAUAUGAAUAGGCAUUACUCAAUGAUAUUUGUUUGCUGUGUUUUGUUGCUUAUGCCAUCUAAGUGCAGGUUGAGACCUAGUCUCCUUGCAAGUAGAAUAAAUGAUCUACCCUUUAUUGCAGACCCUAUGCAAAGGGUUAAAAAAAAUUAAGAUUGUCUUAUACUUUGGAAACAUUUAACAUUUAGAGUCAAUGAAGUUGCCACUUUGAGUUUAGUGUUGAUAUUGUGAAGAUAAAUGUGAUUCAAAUUUUGCAUUUUUAAUAUUCGUUCUUUUUUCACAAGUGGAUGAUUAAGGAAUUAUGCAUCAUAAAGGAACCUAAGAAAGCUAUGAGUGUACUGUCUUUUCACAUAUAUUUUGGGUAUAUUCCAAAUACAGUACUUAUUCAUAUUUUGCUUCCUAAUCUUUUUGUUGUACAGGGAUCCAGACUUCCUAUUCUUAAACAUGAUUGUUUAUAUGUGAAGCAUAUCUUGCUCUAUUGCCUUAUUUUUGUUGCUUUUAUUCAUGGCAAAAAUUGUCAAUAUGAGAAUGUAUGUGUUUUAUGCAACAAACUUAAUAAAGAAGUUUAAAGAGUA